AUGAUUAACAUUACUUUUGCUCAGAAUCAGUAUUAUAUAACACACGUAGAUACUCAAACUUUUCUACAAACAGCUGAGGCAUCUGGUGAUCCAUUAAGAUUAGGAAACACUGCAGUUGCAUGGACAUUUAAAUAUCCACUUCAAUCUGGGGGGCUUCCUACUUCUACAAUUUUUGAUCCUGAAACAAACCUUUAUGUUGGUUUAGAUCAAACAGUACAAGCUCCAACAAAUGCAGGGUCCUAUUUUAUAUACCCAGCGAACUCUGACUUGUAUUGGAAUUCUAAUUCCACUAUUAGUCCUUAUAUCGAGCUCAUCCCUAGUAGUGGUACCAUCGGUAGCUGUAACAAAAUAGAAGGCUUUAUUGAAUAA